GUCAUGUGUAGAAGUUCACGCAAGUGAGGAAAGUUCUCUGAUCGCCAUUCACUUGGGAGUGGCCAGAAACGAUUCUUUUACAUAUGACUCAAGCAGCUCACGACUUCCGGUCUUUGACCAAGUAUCCUCUGGGUAGCCUAAGAACAUCCGUUUGAAGGCGAGCUAACGUGAGAAGGCGAAACAUCCCCUGCAUAGGGUUGUGCGCUGGGUUUGGGACCCGCCACGUAAAAAAACACCCCCAAUGAAAAGGAACAACAAGCCUCGGAUGAGAGACCCCCCUUUUGAUGACGUCCAUGGCAAACGAAAUAAGGACUAUGAUUUGAGGGCAUGCACCUGGAAUGUCCGGUCCCUUAAUUGGGAAGGUGCCGCUGCCCAGCUGGUAGAUGUCCUCGUAAAGAUAAAGGCUGACAUCACCGCCGUCCAAGAAAUGCGAUGGACGGGACAAGGACAGAGACGAGUAGGUCCUUGUGACAUUUACUACAGUGGCCAUAUAAAGGAGCGCAAGUUUGGUGUUGGAUUCGUGGUGGGAGAGAGACUCCGUCGCCGAGUACUAUCAUUCACUCCGGAGAAUGAACGUCUAGCCACAAUCCGCAUCAAAGCGAGGUUCUUCAACAUAUCGCUGAUUUGCGCCCACGCCCCGACGGAAGAGAAGGACGAUGUGACCAAAGAUGCUUUUUAUGAGUGCUUGGAGCGCACUUAUGAGAGAUGCCCCCGCCACGAUGUCAAAAUCGUGCUUGGCGACUUCAACGCCAGGAUGGGCAAAGAAGGUAUCUUUGGCACUACGGUCGGUAAAUUCAGCCUCCACGAGGAAACAUCCCCAAAUGGGUUGAGGCUGAUCGACUUCGCCGGGGCCCGAAAUAUGGUUAUCGGUAGUACUAGAUUCCAGCAUAAGAAGAUACAUCAAGCUACCUGGCUGUCUCCGGAUCGAAAAACCACCAACCAGAUCGAUCAUGUUGUGAUAGACGGAAGACACGUCUCCAGUGUUUUAGAUGUGCGUGCGCUCCGAGGUCCUAACAUCGACUCGGACCACUAUCUUGUUGCAGCCAAGAUUCGCACCCGCCUCUGUGCAGCAAAAAACGCACGCCAACAAACACAAGGAAGGUUCGACGUCGAGAAGCUGCAAUCACAACAGACAGCCGAACGAUUUUCUACUCGGCUUGCACUCCUGCUCUCUCAGAGCACUCGUCAACAACUCGGUAUAAGGGAACUGUGGGACGGCAUUUCAAACUCCUUACGUACAGCUGCAACCGAAACCAUUGGUUUUCGGAAAGUGCAAAAGAACAGCUGGUACGAUGAGGAGUGCCGUGUCGCAGCGGAGAGAAAACAGGCUGCCUACCUCGCAACGUUACGAUCGACCACAACACGUGCGGGAUGGGAUAGAUACCGAGAGUUGAAGAGGGAAGCGAGACGCAUUUGCAGACAGAAGAAGAAAGAGGCCGAAAUGCGUGAGUACGAACAGCUUGAUAAGCUGGCCGACAGGGGUAAUGCUCGAAAAUUCUACGAAAAAAUGCGGCGACUUACAGAAAGUUUCAAGACCGGAGCAUACUCCUGUAGAACCCCCAAAGGUGAUCUAGCCACCGAUGCCCAGAGCAUACUUAGAUUAUGGAGGGAACACUUCUCCAGCCUGCUGAAUGGCAGUGAACACAUAGCACCAGGAGAAGGCGAACCCGAUACCCCAAUCGAUGACGAUGGAGCAGACGUUCCAUUGCCCGACCAUGACGAAGUUCGAAUAGCAGUUGCCCGCCUGAAGAACAACAAAGCGGCAGGGGCAGACGGAUUUGCCGGCCGAGCUAUUCAAACACGGCGGCGAAGAACUGAUAAGGAGCAUGCAUCAGCUUCUUUGCAAAAUAUGGUCGGAUGAGAGCAUGCCCAACGAUUGGAAUUUAAGUGUGCUAUGCCCAAUCCAUAAAAAAGGAGACCCCACAAUCUGCGCCAACUACCGUGGGAUUAGCCUCCUCAACAUCGCGUACAAGGUUCUAUCGAGCGUAUUGUGUGAAAGAUUAAAGCCCAACGUCAACAAACUGAUUGGACCUUAUCAGUGUGGCUUCAGACCUGGAAAAUCAACAACCGACCAGAUAUUCACCAUGCGCCAAAUCUUGGAAAAGACCCGUGAAAGGAGAAUCGACACUCAACACCUAUUCGUCGAUUUCAAAGCUGCUUUCGAUAGCACGAAAAGGAGCUGCCUUUAUGCCGCAAUGUCUGAAUUUGGUAUCCCCGCAAAACUAAUACGGCUGUGUAAACUGACGUUGAGCGGGACCAAAAGCUCCGUCAGGAUCGGGAAGGACCUCUCCGAGCUGUUCGAUACCAAACGAGGUUUCAGACAAGGCGACUCCCUAUCGUGCGACUUUUUCAAUCUGCUGCUGGAGAAAAUUAUUAGAUCUGCAGAACUGAACCGAGCAGGUACAAUCUUUUAUAAGAGUGUACAGCUGCUGGCGUACGCCGAUGAUAUUGAUAUCAUCGGUCUCAACACCCGCGCCGUUAGUUCUGCUUUCUCCAGACUGAACAAGGAAGCAACGCAAAUGGGUCUGGCAGUGAACGAGGGCAAGACGAAAUAUCUCCUGUCAUCAAACAAACAGUCGUCGCACUCGCGACUUGGCACUCACGUCACUGUUGACAGUCAUAACUUUGAAGUUGUAGAUAAUUUCGUCUAUUUAGGAACCAGCAUUAACACCACCAACAAUGUCAGCCUAGAAAUCCAACGCAGGAUUACUCUUGCCAACAGGUGCUACUUCGGACUGAGUAGGCAAUUGAAAAGUAAAGUCCUCUCUCGACGAACAAAAACCAAACUCUAUAAGUCGCUCAUAAUUCCCGUCCUGCUAUAUGGUGCAGAGGCUUGGACGAUGACAACAACCGAUGAGUCGACGUUGCGAGUUUUCGAGAGAAAAGUUCUGCGAAAGAUUUAUGGUCCUUUGCGCGUUGGCCACGGCGAAUAUCGCAUUCGAUGGAACGAUGAGCUGUACGAGAUAUACGACGACAUUGACAUAGUUCAGCGAAUUAAAAGACAGCGGCUACGCUG